UGCAGGUAAUCAUCGCGUGACUUCACUGACAAGGUUCGGUCAAAAUCUCAUGUCUGCAGUUUUGAUUAGGAAAAACUAAACAAAUGUGAUCGACGUCUAUUAAGCAGCAAUGAGCCAGUCGACAAGAAACCAUCGUCCACAGAGAGAGAGAAAUGGGGGACACUAUAGUGAGAGGCGAGACCGAGAGCCCCGCAGCCAACGAGACAAUCCUAGAGAGCGAUCAGGCAGUGAGAGGUCAUCUGGCCAGCCGCCGUACUACCCCAGGGGUUCUUCUCAGAGACAUGUGAGGAGCGCUCCUCGAGAGGAGCACAGGCAGUCAAAGUGCUCUUACAUCUGUUCCAGGAGAGGUAUUGUGUUAAUAUGCGCCGUGCUAACCAAUGCGUUGGUGCUCAUCUGCGUGGUGGCUGCUCACAUGUCACAGCUGGGUAUGUCUGCGAUGGGUAUGGGUGGAACGAGCUUUGUUGAUGCCAUCAUUCCUUUUGAGGGGGUGGAGCUACAGCAGGUGCGUGAGCUUGACAUGCAGUACGGACAGCUGAGAGCACCGGGAGUCUAUGGCGGUGUGGCCUUCAGCCUUACCUUUGGUGCACUUUCACUCCUAUUCAUAGUGUCCAGCAGCAAACCCCCCCACAGGCUUCCACGGAAGCUCCUGAUUGGACAGUUUGCAUUCCAGAUCAUUGGUGCAGUUGCUUACGUGGUUGCGGUAGGUUUGUAUCUGCACUUCGUGAUCUCGGUGAACUCAACUGAUGUGUGCACUCGGCGUGAACGACUGUAUGCUCGUAAUGGAUAUACCUGGAUGAACUGCAGUGUGAAUGGGGGAGAUGCAUCUGUUGCACUGUUUGGAAUUAUAACCGCAAUGCUGUAUGCUGUUGGGACCUUUUUUACGGGAAAAACAAUCCAGGAUGUCAAUCGUUACUUUAAGGAGCGUGAGCGCUUUGAAGCCGAACUCCGAGAACAACCCAGAGGUCCUUUGAAAACACUUCUUGAUCCUGACGAUUAUGUCUGAUUUGUGCAGGAAAUAUAUGGACUCUGGAAUGGAUGUACAUAAAAA